AUUUUAAAGUUGAAAAAUAAGCUUUACAAUUUAUGUAUAAAAAGGGAAGACCACCACUUGAGGAUCUUAGCUCAAGAGAAAGCCAUGUUGGGAAAUGCAAGGAUGAUGCGGAACGUGUUUCUCGCCUUCGCGCUGUUUCUUUGCUUGUCCAAUGUGCACAAACAAGGUCCCUAGCACACAACUCUAAGGGAAAUUGUAGCUAUUGGGUAGAAAUUGAGACAACAUGUGCUCCUCAAGCCGACACCGCUAGCAUUGUGGGUGUUAGAUUUGGGGACAACAAUGGGAACCACGUCGUGACUAGGCAUCUCAAAAACCCUAAACUUGUGUAUGAUCCAAAGUUGGGCCAAAGGAAACAAGGGGCUGUAUAUAAAGGGUUUGAUAGGUGUGCAAUCGAUAUGUUUGAAGUGCAGGGGUCGUGUAUGGAACGUGCGGUCUGUUAUCUGUACCUUAGGCGUAUGGGUCCAGAUGGGUGGAGGCCUGGGUGGGUUAAGGUGCUCCACAACCAUGGGCUUGGUGGGGCCGACUUAUCGCCGGUUUCGGUCGAGUCCUACUAGGUGUCUUAUUGGCGUUCAGUGAUUCAGCCACGAUCUAAUCAAGUAAUUCCUGCGACACCUUGCGACCCAGACCUUCAUCAGAUUGAUAUCAGAGCAGACUUGAUCGAGCUGAAUCAAAUUGUUGCACGAGACCCUUGAGACUCUACUUGCAGAAGUGUUGGUGGACUUGUCUCAAAAGAUGGAUCAACGAUUGGAACAUACGAGACCCUUGAGACUCUACUUGCAGAAGUGUUGGUGGACUUGUCUCAAAAGAUGGAUCAACGAUUGGAACAUACGCCCCAUCGAGCUGCAAACCUUUAAGGUCCAUAGAGUGAGUAUGAGUGGCACGAGAUUUUGUACCAAUUACCCUACACCUUAGGGAUAUUUUUUAAAAACUUUGAAAGAUAAUCUAUUAUAAGCUUGAAUUGCCACAUGUAGACAUAUUUGGUGAUCAAUAUGGCAAGUAAUAAAAUGGAACAUGAAGAAGGGAGACUCAGAGAUGGAAUGACUGGAGUACUAGAGCAUGCUAUGACCAUGGAGAUGAUGAGGGGUGGCUGUUCGUGUCCUUGACCUUCAUUAUGAGAACUUUUCUCAAUUGAGAUAAACCAUCCAUCUUCGUUUGUGUAGAUUGGACCAAGGAAGUAUGUGUGGGGAAACUUAUUUUCAAUAAGAAAAGAGUCAGGGCUUAAUUGGUUA